AUGAGCUCCAACGUCGAUCAACAACUCCACGAGAACCACGAGAGAUUCCACGAGGGAAAGGAGAACAGCCAUCAAGCACUCGACUCCAAGGAUGAGAGAUCCAUUGCAAACAAGUUGGCUCGUGAGGAGCAACGUGAGAACGAGCCUGAGGAGAUGAGCAAGGAGGAUAGAGCCGCAAAGGAAGAUGCUACCCUCCCAGCCAAGAUGCACGGCAAUGAGCCAAGCAGAGGUGCUACAAUCGAUCAACAGUUGAGAGAGGAAGAGGAGGCUGAGUUGAAGAGAAAGGGAAAGGCUUAA